AUGAAUAAUGCUGAACUAGAAAGAAAAAUAAUCAAUUUUUUUCAGCAGUUAGAGAAAAAGAAAAGUUCUUCUUUUGAAGUUUCUCAUCCUCCAAAAAUAAAAGACAACCAAUUUGUUCUUUUUUUGAAAAUUAAAAAUGAUUACGAAAAAAUCAGCCAAGAAAUUCAAGAAUACCGACUUUUAAAACAAGGAACGAACGACCCAGAAAAUCAAACUAUUUUAGAACAGGAGAUAGAAGAAUUAGAAGAAAAAAAGGCAAUUCUAAUUGAAAAAGUUAAACAAGAAUUAAUUAGCCAAAAAGGGAUUAAACAAAAUGUUUUAGUGGAAAUUCGCCCAGGCACAGGAGGAGUGGAAGCAGGCUUGUUUGCCCGAGAUUUAUAUCGUAUGUAUCAUAAAUUUGCUGAUAAUCAAGGUAAGGAAACAUUUAAAUACUUAAAAAACGAAGCAGGAGUACACCGAGUCCAAAGAGUUCCUAUUACCGAAAACAAGGGUCGUUUACAAACUUCUACUGCUAGCGUGGUUGUUUUACCAGAAGUUCAAGAUGUCGCCGUUAAAAUUAAUCAACAAGACUUGAAAAUUGAAACUUAUCGUUCUAGCGGAGCCGGAGGACAACAUGUUAAUACUACUGAUUCUGCGGUACGAAUUACCCACAAGCCCACCGGAAUUGUUGCUACUUCCCAAGAUGGUCGCAGCCAACAUGACAACAAAGAAAAAGCACUAUUCAUUUUAAAAAGUCGCUUGUUUGAAAAAUACCGUCAAGAGCAAGAAGCAGCAAUUGGUAAUUUACGCUCUUCAGCCAUUGGUACUUCGGAAAGAGCCGAAAAAAUUCGUACUUACAAUUAUCCACAAAAUCGAGUUACCGAUCACCGAAUAGAAACUAGUUGA